UGCGGGGCGCGCUGCGGCCGCCGUCCUCCGGCCCGGGGUUGCCUCCUGGCCCAGCUCCGGGGCCCGCUGCGGCCAGGACGGGCACGCGAGCGCCGUCUCCGCGCCGCUGGCCCUGCAUGUGCCGUCCUGGCCUCGUGGCGCCGGCCCGAGACGGCACUUGCGGGCCGUCGCGGCCGCGGCGCGGGCCGGAGAGGCGCCCUUCCCGCCGGGGCUGGCAGCGACGAGCCACGCGAGAGACGAAGCCCGUCAACAACACCCCGCGCCCGAACGCAGGUCGGCGAGGUCGUCCGCGGCGUUGGCAAGGUCAGCCUCGACGUCUACAACUUCCUCCUCAAAAUCAACGGCAAGUACGACCUCACGGACAAGGCCGGCGCGCAGCUCAAGGACCAGCUCAACAAGCUGAAGGCGGGCUCCUCGGGCGAGACCAUCGCCAAGGUCGAGGACGCCCUGUCCAAGGCCACGUCGAAAUUCAACGAGCUCGACAAGGAGUACGACCUCGUCGAGAAGGGCAAGCAGGCCCUCGGCUACGCCGGCGACCUCUCGGCCAAGGCCAUCGACAAGGGCCUCGAGCUCAACGCCGAGUACAAGCUCACGGACCAGGUCGUCGCCAAGGUGACCGAGGCCAGCAGCGCGGCGGCCGCGAAGGCGACGAAGAAAUCGGCGUAG